AUGUCCCUCUUUCACUUAGUAACGGAGACCAUAUGGGCUAUACGGCUGAGCGACCCAACGAAGCGCUGGAGUCUACCCAUCAAAACUAACACAGUGCCCCGUCAGUCCAAGCGGCGUUCUGUUAACCUCGGCCCUAAGACUGAAUACAAUUCAUGCGAUUCCGAAACGGACAUCUUCCAAUCCGAUCAAGAGGAAGAACUCGUAAAACUUCUAGACUAUUCCAGCCAGGACGAUGAUGUGUCCCCCUCGAUAUUUCAUGAUAACUGUGAGGAAAUAAUAGCGUAUAUCGAAGGUCUGAUGAGAGAAGUACCUGCGAAGAGCGUGAAAGACGAUGACCUGAAUCUACGAUACAACCUCAGCUCCCGUAACAGCAUAUUCGAUAUGGACUGGAGGGUAUUGAAGUACGGCGAAAAUAUAUUUUUGGGUGAACUGAAGAAAUUGGUGAACGCAGUGGUUCGGUUGGGUGAAAACGAUGAACAGAAACGGAAGGAGGAUACGUUACGUCGUAAGAAAGCCACUUCAGAUCUAGAUAACGAAAUGAAAAGGUUAUCUCAAGUUAUAGAAGACCUUGAUUCCGAAUUCAUUACUCCAACAGAGCCGCUAAAAAAAGAAAUUUCGACACAAACUACCCAAACUACAAACACUACCGUGUCAAUGACGGAAUCCGACGAAAAAACACCAACAAUAAAAAACAUAAUAUUCAAAGUGAAAAAAGUCAAACCUGUGAAUUUAGAAGACAAUUCAUAUACAGAUAUAAAAGUAACAGAUAUGCCAUCCGUUCGACCUCUUGACUAUAGAUCUACUAGUCCAGAAGAGAAACAAAAAGGCGAAACGAAUGAAAUAACAAUAAGACCACAGUCUAGAUCGAAAGAAGUGAAGUUAGAGUUUUGGAAAUUGUUCAAAGAUGACACAGAGUGGUGGAAAGCCCUGGCUAAGAGAAAUUUGGAGAAAAUGGAAGUGACUAGAAGGGAAUUAGAACGCUUCAGCGGCCAUGAGUUAGUUUUAGGAGAAAUAAAGAAUGAAAUGGACAAAUUUGAAAGGGAAAAGGAAACUUUACAGACGUUUAUCGAAGAAGUCGAUAAUUCCAAAGCCAUCAACAAAGACUUGGAAUAUAAUAAGAAAUAUGAAGACAUUGUCUUGAAACUGAUCGAAUUUGCAAAGAAAGAUUUCAUCUACAAAGGUUUCGAUCCCCUUAUUGAAAAGUUAAAAGCUUUGUCCAACGUACACGUUGAGGGCAGAAAGAAAAAAGUGCAUAUACAAGACAUCAUAAAUAUUUACAGUCAGAUUGAUGUGUCAAAGUAUACAUAUGAAGAAUUGUGUCUUCUUGAAAAGUACUAUAAAGAAGUAAUUAGACGAUACAAACAAGAAUCAGGCAUUAAAGAACAGGAAAACCCUAAAAUCGUUUACACUACCGAACCGAAAAGAGACGAUGUACAGUCCGCGCCACCUUCUUUCAAUAGAAACGUAAUCUUAAACGUCCAUUCCAGUCAAAAUCUAACCAAAAACGUAAACCACUUCAGUAACACAACCAUUACUAACGGAGACACGCUAAAUCGAUCAAAAACUAACAAGCAAGAUUCUAGGCACAACUUGGAAAUCUUUGACAUGACUCGUACUUACCCCCUGGAGUACUACGCCAACAAUUGGUGGUCCAUUUACGAAGAUAUCCUGAAGAACCGUGAGCAACAAUUCGGUACUAUCGACAAUUGGUGGAAUUUCUACGAAGCAAUAUUGAACAAGAAGGAGACGACCGAAGAGGAGCUGAGUAGAAUUCGAGCGAUAAUGGAAUUCAGGAACAACACGAGGAGGUCUAGACCUAACAGUCGAAUGGAGGAGCAGCUCAGAAUGCUGGACGAGAUGACGAACAGCAGAUUCCGAGAGAGCGAGGAUGUGACGACGCGCGACAACGACUCGGUAAUGGUGACCAAUGUGACAUCACUGCUAAAGACAGUCAAGGCCGUAGAGGACGAGCACACGCGCGGAACCAGAGCCCUCGAGUCCACGAUAGAAGCAAUCUCUCAGGAAAUAGAGGUGCUGAUGUCGCCCUCGCCGCCGAAGAGCACCGCAACGCCCGAAGAGCUGGUGCGGUGCACGCGGCUGAUGACGGCCGCCACGGCCCGCGCUGUCGCCGCUGGCAGCGCAGCCGGCGCCGGCAGCCAGGACCAGCUCACGGCCGCCGCCAAUUUAGGGCGGAAGACCGUCGUCGACAUGAUGGUCGCCGCCAAGGGCGCGGCGCAGGCGGCCGAGACGGAGGAGCUGCGCGCGCGCACGCUGGAGACGACGCGCGCGGCCGGCGAGGCGUUCCGCGCCCUGCUGCAGGCCGUGCUGGCCGCGCCCGGCGGCGCCGCCCGCUCCCACCUGCCCGAGCUCUCGCGCAGGGUGGCGCGCGCCGUGGCCGACAUGCUCGCCGUCGCGGAGCUCCUCAAAGGAUCGGAAUGGGUGGACCCCGAGGACCCGACGGUGAUCGCCGAAGCGGAGUUGCUCGGCGCGGCUGCGUCCAUCGACGCGGCCGCCAGGAAGUUGGACGCCUUGCGACCGCGCAAGCCGCCGAAACUACAGGAGACUGACGAAACUCUGAACUUCGACGAGAUGAUCCUGGAAGCUGCCAAAUCCAUCAUCACUGCCACGUCCGCCCUCGUAAGAGCCGCAUCGGCAGCUCAACGUGAGCUUAUAGACCAGGGCAAGGUGGCGCGCCGGCCCGAGUCCUCGUCGGACGACGGCCAGUGGUCCGAGGGGCUGGUGUCGGCGGCGCGGCUGGUGGCGGCCGCCGCACACGCGCUGGUGGAGGCGGCCAACGCGCUGGUGCAGGGCGCCGCCUCCGAGGAGAGGCUGAUAUCGAGCGCCCGCCAGGUCGCCUCGUCCACGGCGCAGCUGCUCGUCGCCUGCAAGGUGAAGGCGGACCCGUCGUCGGAGUCGACGCGUCGGCUGCAGUCGGCCGGCGCGGAGGUGAUCCGCUCCACGGACAACCUGGUGCGCGCCGCCCGCGACGCGAUCCACUGCGACGACGAGCGCAGCCUCGUGCUCAACCGCCGCAUGGUGGGCGGCAUCGCGCAGGAGAUCGACGCCAGAUCCGAGGUGCUUCGCAUUGAGAAGGAACUGGAGGAGGCGCGCGGCCGCCUGACCGCCAUCCGCCAAGCGAAGUACAAGCUCAAAGCUGGAGACACCUCCGGAGACGACACGGACACCGAUGUACAUCUAGCGGGCUACUCCAGCGACGCGUCCACUCACCACAGAUUCAAGACGCCCAACAGCAGCUUCGCGAACACCACGUACAGCCCCAACAGCACCUACUCCACGCACAACGCAACCAACGUCACCCAGAACACGACCAACAUAUCGCACCACGUGUCCAGCCUCAACCAGUCCGUGCACGGCGGCCCCACGAGCCCGGGGGCGAAGCCCGAGCCGAGCCCGCAGCCCUACAGCGCUAACGGCUACCAGCGCGAGGAAAAGCACACCCAAGCCCAGAGCCCCACCUUCUCCAGCUUCAGACCCCAAGAGGAGACCCCCAAGCAGAACUACGAAGGUUUCACCACACGAGAAAAUACGACCAGUAAUGAUAGAACGAUGAAACACGAGACGAGCGUGACGGAGGAGACGGUUGUCGUGAGGUCGUUGCAGCUGCCGGAGGUGCGUACGGCGUAUUUGGUAUCGGACGACGCUACGGAGGGCGACCGAGUGUUCUACAGGAGGGAGAGGCCGCCGCCGCCGCCGCCGCGGCGCGUUUCCCUACUAAACUACGAGACCCGACUCUACGACACACCGCGACCUAUUAACGAGUACAGUAAAACCGAGGAGCAGCGCCAGUUCGAGUCCAAUCAGUUCUCGAAACAGGAGCAGCGUUACGGCUACGACGCGCAGAAACUGCCGUCCCCGCUGAGCCCGAAAUUCAACGCCAGGGACCUCAAGUUUGACGAAAGACCCGAGCCGAUUUACUCCUCCCUCAAGAAGCCGACCACCCCCAAGUCGCCCUUCGACGGCGUCGGCCAGAGCUUCGCCGAACAUCAGAAGUCCACGGAAACAAUACCGGGCGGCACAAAGCAUUCCGAGUACACCGUCAAGAGCGAAUCGUACCAGAGCUACCCGAAGACCGAGUUCAUCUCGACCGAGACCAGGCAAGAAGUGAAGUCUCCAUUCGCAACCUCCACCCCGACGAAAUUCGAGACCGGCCAGUUCACGGAGUUCACGAAGAACUCCACGGACCUGGUGAAAGCGCCAACGCCCACCUACGAGAGGAUCGCCUCACCGUACGGCAAGGAGGUGCACAGCUACGGCGGCCCCAACUACCUCGAGGAGACCACCACGGAGGUGAAGGAGAUACCGAACGGCACGCAGAAGAUUACCACCACAAAGAUUUACAGCUCGUCGCCAGUCAACAUGACGAGCACCAGCACGAAGUACGAGCCGAUCAAGCUCGAAGGAAUCGACGAGCUGUCGAAGUCCUUCGACAACGAUUCGAGAUACAGCACCCUGGACUCGCGCUUCAACACCCUGGACUCGAAGCUCAGCUCGGACACCAGCCGCUCGUUCAUGCGGCCAUCUGAAUUCGCCACCUCCGACUACCAGGCGACCAGCAGCGUCAAGGUCAAGAAGCCCUCCGACCUGCUGAAGGAAAUCGACAGCGUGGACAAGAAGUUCGCCAAGCAGACCAUCACCUCGGAGACCAUAGAGCGAAAAUCCGUGAUGACCAGCUCGCACAAGUCCGAAACCAGCUCGACCGUUACAAAGAAGUUUGGCAACUUC